AUGGGGCCUGGGCUCCAGCACUGCUCCAAUGGUGACCAUCACCACCACAGAACCCAGGGUAACCUUAAAGUUGUCAGCUCCCACACUCUGCAUAUGUCUCAAUCAAAGCUACACCUCCUGGAUCACAAUCAGGUAUCAGAGCUUGGAAUUCAGUUUAGACUCUCAUCUCAACAUCGUGUUUGUCAUCACUGCUGCAGCAGCUCUCAGGCUCUGAGUAGUGCAGCCACUGUGGGUGGUCGAGGUGCCACUGGCUCUGCCACCCCUGGGCUCCUGGUGCUGCCCUUGGCCAAUCAGUUCUUCCCCAGUAAGGCCGGACCCUUCUCCAACAUGCCAGGAAGGGAAGGAAAGGUGAUGCUGGAGCCAGGGCUGGCAUUGCUCCCAGGUCUCUAUCUGGCCCUGGUGCUGUCAUGGCCUCCAGCUCUGGUCCAGGCUCCAACCCCUCAAAUGGAGUUGAUGCUGGCACUGUAUCAGUUGGCUCUAGAACCAGUGCUAGAGGUAGAGAUGCAGUUGUCAAUGUGGCUGGCAAUGGAGCUGACGCUGGACUGGAAGCAGCAGGAUGUUCACCAGUUGCAAGCCACUCCAUGGGCCUGUGAGUUGGAUCUGCAGUGGUUUCCUACCCCUCCCCCUCCUCCUUCUGUCACCUACCCAGACCAGAUCUACCCAAGUUACUUCAGGGUGGUGAGCCUCAAAGAGCACUGUAUGGAGGUGCUGUCCCAGCGCAAGGUCUGCUUGAGUGAUGCCAAGCUCCAAGCUUCCAGCGGGACCUCAGCUCUGCUCUCAGGCUUUGCCAUGGCAGUGAUGGUGGAGGUGCAGCUGGAUGCUGACCAUGACUACCCUCUGGGGCUGCUCAUGGCCUUCAGCACCUGCACCAUGGUGUUGGGGGCCAUGCACCUGUUUGCCCUCAGGAUCAGCACCUGCAUCCUGAACAACAUUGAGGCCAUGAGCAAUGUGCAGAACCUCAAAUCUGUCAAAGAGUUACCCCACAAGUGCAUGCAUCUCCAUAAGAAGCUGGCCUGGGCGUUGCCCACCAUCAUCAGCACACUGCUCUUCCUAGGCUGUUGGGUCAAGUUUCUGCCUCUCAAGAAGCAGACUGGCCAGCCACAGCCCACCAGCUACCCCCCACUUGAGUGCAGCUCCAAAGGCAGCAGCAGUGGCACCACCCCAGGCCAGGCAACUGCCAUUGCCUCCAUGACCAACUUGGUCCCCUUUAGCCUGGUCUUCAUUGGCUUCAUGGUUCCCUUCUACUGCUGGCUGGUCAGUCACAAGAGGGACCAGCAGUUCCAGGAGCUCAGUGAGCUGGCCGAGUUUGCCCACUUGCAGGACCAGCUGGACCACAGAGGGGAAACCCUGAUGCCUGGCAGUCAUGAUGCCUAA